AGUUUUUUUUUUCCUUCUCUCCAGCUAAUUCUUUUUUAUCUAAGUAAUACUUCAUUUUCUUUGCAGAUAAAGCUAAUCGAAAAGAUCAGAGAUUACCAUCGCCUAGGAGCAAUGAUGAGGAUACUAAGUACAAAGCAUCCAAGGUUGAAAAGCUCUCUAUGAAGAAAAAGGGCAUGGGCUCAGAAGGUAGGGCUGAACAUAUGGCUAAGGCAGACACUGACCUGCAGCUACUGAGUAAGGCUGACAAAGAGAGGCAGCUACAUAAACUGAAGAAGCGCCGGCUUCAUGGUCGUGAAGAAGACACAUUAGCAAGGCUGGAAAAAUUCAAAAACUCUAUCUCAAAGAAGAUCGAUGUGUCCGCUAGUAGUAAUUCUAAGGGAAAUGAUGAAGACGAUGAGUCAGGAUGGAUAUCCAAUCGCUUGACGUUUGUUCGCGAUCAUUCUGGAAAGGAUGACAUGACUAGGAGGGAUGAUCCAAAUGAAUAUGUAGUACUCGACCCUCUUUUGGAGAAAGGUAAAGAAAAAUUCAAUAAGAUGCAAGCCAAGCUUAAGCGGCGAGACCGGGAAUGGGCUGGGAGAUCCUUGACUUGACUGUUUAACCUGAGAAGGCUUCAUAUAAUGUCUUCACCCUUGAGGGCUCUGUAUCUGCUGGGCCAAUUUCAUCAGGCAGUGCUCGACUCCCAUGUAUUGUCAUGAAAUACAACUAACAGGAAUCCCGAUCCUCUCGGUUUAAAGAAUUAUUCUUUAAAAUUUGUACAUGCGAAGAUAAACAGAGCCCUUUUUACCUAGACAACGUGCAUGCUGUACGAGUGGAGCACAAAUUUUAUCUGAACACCAGCGUACAAGAGGUGGUAUUAGAAAUCCACGGGAGGAUGGAGGGAGAGCAUAGAAAAUUUUAACGGUUGACUUUUUAUGAUUCAGAAGACCCUACUCCUAGAACAGGGAGCGAGCUAACUUGAACAAUGUCAGGACGGUUAAAUUUUCAGCUUUUUUUUUUUCUUUUUCGGUUUAUUGUAUCUGACUAUGAGGUGUCUAUAGCAUAUGCCUUUUCCCCCAUCAAGGUAGAGGAGGUCAUCGACGGAUUUCUGAUUUCAAA